ACUGACGCAACAGUGAACUGAGAUAACAUCCGAGCAUCACGUCAGCGCGCAGGAGGAGCAGCUCAAAGCAGGAAGCCGCAUCUCUGUCUCUCUGAAUUUAAAGCCAGUUAUACCGCAUUUUUAUUUUUGCGGUUUUUUCCUCUCAUAGUUUGUCAUCAUCGGUACCAACAUGCCUGUUAUCAGAUCCCUCAGUAAGGUGGCCAAGCAGGCCCUGCUCAGCCCACCAGGGUGCGGCUGCCAGCCUCUGACAAUGGCUGUGCGAACUAUCAGCUUUUCUCCCCGGCAGAUCACAUCUGAUGCAAGCUUCCACUCCGUGUCUUUCUCAGAAACAGACCACCCAAAGGUGCUAAUCACAGGUGGCCUUGGACAACUUGGAGUGGGACUUGCCAAACUGCUGAGGAAGAGGUUUGGCAAGAAUAACGUCAUUCUUUCUGACAUCAGGAAGCCUCCUAACAAUGUUUUUCACAGUGGUCCUUUUAUCUACUCGGAUAUUCUUGACUACAAGAACUUGAGGGAAAUUGUGGUGAACAACCGCAUCACUUGGCUGUUUCACUACAGCGCCCUGCUCAGUGCAGUUGGAGAGGCUAACGUGGCCUUGGCUCGCUCUGUCAACAUAACUGGGCUUCACAAUAUACUGGACAUUGCAGCGGAGCAUGGGUUACGGCUGUUUGUUCCCAGCACUAUUGGAGCUUUUGGUCCCUCUUCACCCCGUAAUCCAACACCUGAUCUGUGUGUGCAGCGACCUCGCACUAUCUAUGGUGUGUCUAAAGUGCAUGCUGAGUUGAUGGGAGAGUAUUACCAUCACCGUUAUGGCCUAGACUUCCGUUGUCUCCGCUACCCUGGAAUCAUCUCUGCAGACUCCACGCCAGGUGGUGGCACAACAGAUUACGCAGUUCAAAUUUUUCACGAUGCAAUCAAGAGUGGCAAAUUUGAAUGCAACUUGAGACCCGACUCACGGCUCCCCAUGAUGUACAUCGAUGACUGCCUACGCGCCACUUUAGAAGUGAUGGAGGCACCUGCUGAAUCCUUGAGCAUGCGGACAUACAACAUUAACGCCAUGAGUUUUACACCUGAGGAGCUGGCCCAGGAACUCAUGAAGCAGAUGCCAGAGCUGGAGCUCACAUACAACAUCGACCCCGUACGACAGGCAAUUGCUGAUAGCUGGCCCAUGAACUUUGAUGACUCUAAUGCUCGGAAGGACUGGGGCUGGAAGCAUGACUACGAUCUCCCAGAGCUGGUCCAGACAAUGCUGAACUACUUGGGUGUGGAAACACGCAUGGCCCAGGCCAGCUGAGCUGUCCUCUAGAGUUCAUAUCUGUACAUAGUGUAAAAAAAAAUCCCAAAGAGAAUAGAAAACUUGAUCUCUAUAUGAAUGUUCCUCAAAUUUUGUGAGCAAA